AUGACGAUAGAGGAGUGGCAGCAGCUAGCGAGCACUAAAUGCCGAAUUGGGCAAUCAGCUCAUAAUUUAGAUAUUCGGAAGCAUUUUUAUCAAACGCCGACUUCGGAGAAUGUUCCGGAAGGAGGCACUGUACAUAUGCACUGCUCACCACCAGAUGGCGUGCCAGAGGUCGAGGUGUUCUGGAUGAAAGACGGGAACGAAAUUGAGCGGCAGUCGGAUCCGAAUAUGAUCAUUGCCAAUGACGGUUCAUUGAUCAUUUCCGCUGCGCGCCUAUCCGAUUCUGGGAACUACACGUGCGAGGCACGUAAUGCAGCCAACAGGCGGUCCACUAAUCCUGCUCAAAUUGUUGUUUACGUAAAUGGUCAAUGGGCCGAAUGGUCAGCGUGGACUGGCAACUGCAAGGUUGAUUGCGCGCAGUUGAAACAACAGCUGGCAAGGCGUCCUUCUUCUAGCGCUGCUGCACCCUCCAGACUUCAUGAAAUCUGGCCAAAGCUGGUGCGCAGGCGGACGUGUAAUAAUCCGGCACCAAUGAACGGCGGAGCGGAUUGUUUGGGCGACGCCGAGCAGACCGAGCAGUGUUCGCUGGACUGUCAUCUCGAUGGACAUUGGUCAGAAUGGUCAUCGUGGUCACAGUGCAAUGAGAGCUGCCAAAAAGUUCGCACUCGAUCCUGUAAUUCACCGCGACCAACAAACGGUGGUCGUACAUGUAUUGGCCGUGAUGUGGAAACCAAAAACUGUACACAAGGUGAUGGAUACUGCACAAGCACGGCACUGCGGCCAACUCCAACUUAUAUCGGGUAUAAUUUGGAGACACAGCUUGCCAUGUAUGCUGGAUUAUUCAGUGCUCUGGUGCUGCUUCUCAUCGUGCUCAUCCUGGUCUCCACGCUUCUGUGUCGCUGCCGAAGACGGUGUUCUGCUACUGCUACAGUCAAAAAGGAGGAUUAUUAUUUCUCUGAAAAUGGCGGACACGUGCGUACUAUUCUACUCCAACAGCAACGUUUACUCGGGGACGUUUGUGAUUCCAUGAAAUCGACGCCAAAAGCUGCUAGCGAAUUUUAUACAUUAACAACAACUGCUUCGCCAACUCAUCAUCAUCUGAUACUGCCACCCUCUCUAACACUCCGAUCCGCAAACAGCAGCGGCUACUCAUCCAGCAGGAAGGCCACAGGAUCGCGAAUAGCUCUGAUAACCGAGUCAUCAUCGAACUCCUCCAAUGGUAAGAUGACAAUAGCGCGAACAAAUUCGCGAACCUCGGACGAAAAUUAUGCAACGCUGUACGACUGCGUUGGUGGCGAUAGUAAUGAACGAUACGGGUCUUUCGAGCUUAGCCAGCAGCAGCCUCAGGCCAUGCUGCCUGCUUACGUGGACAGCAGGGGCGGAAAACUUUUGCUCAGGCGGAUUGGCGCUGUCCUUCUGAUACCGGAAGGUACAUUCCAGGACGCCCAUAUGAAAAUUUCAGGAAGUGAUACAGUGUUAAGUGCGGUAGUGAUGGUAGGCCUUUGUGACGAUAACGAAGAGGAGGUGCUCAUCCAUAGGCCGUUUAUAGUUACUUUCAAGCACUGUGCGAAUAUUUUUCCAAAAGAUAACUGGAUAUUCAUGAUUUAUACUCGAGGAAAUCGAAAUAGCCGUUGGGAAAUGGUUGCUGAGAUUGGUGAAGAAGAUAUCAACACACCGCUUUAUUGCCAGAUGGGUUUCACAAGGUGUCAUAUAAUGGUGGAGAGGUUCUGCAAACUGCUGCUCGUAGGUAGGCCACGUCGCACAACCGUAGCAACAACAAAACGGAUGCGACUGGCCGCAUUUGGUCCACUACAUCGCAUGUCGAACGACACGUCCAUCCGGGUCUACUGCGUACCGGAGAUCGGCAUAGCAAUACAAAGCGUGAUCAGUCAGGAAGAGAACACUGGUGCUUUGCUGGCCGAAGCCGAGAAUUUUUUGAUGCGCGAGAAAGGUGCGUUAUGUGUAUGUCUGGAAGAUGUCUCAACUGGACUGGCAAAGAAGCCGGAAGCGCAGUACUUGGAGAUACCGGCCAGCCAUCAUUUAUGGUGCAUCCAGAACGGUUUGCACUGCAGCGUGAAGACGGAUGUUCCGGAAGAUUUGUUAGAAACGGUCACUGGUCGUAUUGUUGUCUAUCAGAAGGGAAAUGCGGAGGCGCGAGAAGUGCUACACUUCGACAUGCAACAUCCACUUGUAACCUUCCGCUUUCUAGCUAUAAUACUAAAAGAUGGCGAAGAGUUACCCCAGCUGCUGCUUGAGGAUAAGCUAAUAGGAGCAUAUUUCCAGGAGUGUGACGAAAUGGAGGAAGAUGGUUUACUCACUUCAGAAUUUCUGCUGGAUGGUGUAACGCGACGAAAGUUAGCAAAACUUCUUGAUGUGCCCACUGAUCCAACCAAAGACUGGCGAGGCCUAGCCAGAAAACUGAAUCUUCAUAGGUAUAUACAGUACUUCGCGACCCGUCCAGGUCUCUCGCCUACAUCGUUGGUACUGGAUUUAUGGGAAGCGGUAGAAUCAGGCUCGCAGCGUGCUGUACUCGAUCUUCUGCAAACGGUCAGAAUCAUGGGUCGGCCAGAUGCCGUAACGGUUCUCGAAAAUUACCUUUCGGAUGCAAAAAAACUGAAAGAAUAA